GCUCCGGGCGGCGCGCGCGGGCGGGCGAGGGAGGACGCGGCCGGGAGGGGCGGGCGGCGCAGCCAUGGCGGACGAGGGCCCCCGGAAGGGCAGCUUCUCGGCGCUCGUGGGCCGAACCAACGGCCUCACUAAGCCCGCGGCCCUGGCGGCCGGGCCCGCCAAGCCGGGGGGCGCGGGCGGCUCCAAGAAGCUGGUCAUCAAGAACUUCCGAGACAGGCCGCGGCUGCCGGACAACUACACGCAGGACACGUGGCAGGAGCUGCGCGCGGCGGUGCGCGCCAUCCAGGGCAGCACGCCCGUCAGGUGCAACCUGGAGGAGCUGUACCAGGCUGUUGAAAACCUUUGUUCUCACAAAGUUUCCCCAACUCUCUACAAGCAGCUGCGCCAGGUCUGUGAAGACCAUGUCCAGGCACAAAUUCUUCAAUUCAGAGAAGACUCACUAGAUAGUGUUUUAUUUUUAAAGAAGAUUAACACGUGCUGGCAAGAUCAUUGCAGACAAAUGAUCAUGAUUAGAAGCAUUUUCUUGUUUUUGGAUCGCACUUACGUGCUUCAGAACUCCAUGCUUCCUUCUAUCUGGGAUAUGGGAUUAGAACUGUUUAGAAACCAUAUUAUUAGUGAUAAAAUGGUUCAGAAUAAAACCAUUGAUGGAAUUCUUCUGCUAAUUGAGCGAGAGAGAAAUGGUGAAGCGGUGGACAGAAGCUUGCUGCGGAGCCUGCUGAGCAUGCUCGCUGACCUCCAGGUAUAUAAAGAUUCAUUUGAACUGAAAUUUUUGGAAGAGACUAAUUGUUUAUAUGCUGCAGAAGGCCAAAGAUUAAUGCAGGAAAGAGAGGUUCCUGAAUAUCUUAACCAUGUAAGUAAACGUUUAGAAGAAGAAGGAGACCGAGUGAUCACAUAUUUAGACCAUAGCACACAGAAACCACUUAUUGCUUGUGUGGAGAAACAGCUAUUAGGAGAGCAUUUAACAGCAAUUCUACAGAAAGGGCUCGACCACUUACUUGAUGAGAACAGAGUGCCCGAUCUCACGCAGAUGUACCAGCUGUUCAGCCGGGUAAAGGGCGGGCAGCAGGCACUGCUGCAGCACUGGAGCGAGUACAUCAAGACUUUUGGGACAACACUUGUCAUCAACCCUGAGAAAGAUAAAGACAUGGUGCAGGACCUGCUGGAUUUCAAGGACAGAGUGGACCACGUGAUAGAGGUGUGCUUCCAGAGGAGCGAGAGGUUCAUCAACUUGAUGAAGGAGUCUUUCGAGACGUUCAUCAACAAGAGGCCAAACAAGCCUGCAGAACUGAUCGCCAAGCACGUUGACUCCAAGUUAAGAGCGGGCAAUAAAGAAGCCACUGACGAGGAGCUGGAGCGGAUCCUGGACAAGAUCAUGAUAAUAUUCAGGUUCAUUCAUGGUAAAGAUGUCUUUGAAGCAUUUUAUAAAAAAGAUUUGGCAAAAAGACUCCUUGUUGGGAAAAGUGCCUCAGUGGAUGCUGAGAAAUCCAUGUUGUCCAAGCUCAAACAUGAGUGUGGCGCCGCAUUCACCAGCAAGCUAGAAGGCAUGUUCAAGGACAUGGAGCUUUCCAAGGACAUCAUGGUGCACUUCAAGCAGCAUAUGCAGAAUCAAAGUGACCCGGGCCCAAUAGACCUCACAGUAAAUAUACUUACAAUGGGAUACUGGCCAACAUACACGCCCAUGGAAGUGCAUUUAACUCCAGAAAUGAUUAAACUUCAGGAAGUAUUUAAGACGUUUUAUCUCGGAAAGCACAGCGGUCGAAAACUUCAGUGGCAGACUACCUUGGGGCACGCUGUUUUAAAAGCAGAGUUUAAGGAAGGGAGAAAAGAGUUCCAGGUGUCCCUUUUCCAGACACUGGUGCUUCUAAUGUUCAACGAGGGCGACGAGUUCAGCUUUGAGGAGAUAAGAAUGGCCACUGGGAUAGAGGAUGGUGAACUGCGAAGGACACUGCAGUCCCUGGCCUGUGGCAAAGCGCGGGUUCUGAUUAAAAGUCCCAAAGGAAAGGAGGUAGAAGACGGAGACAAAUUUAUUUUUAACGGAGAAUUCAAGCACAAGUUGUUUAGAAUAAAGAUCAAUCAAAUUCAGAUGAAGGAAACCGUCGAGGAACAAGUGAGCACCACUGAGAGAGUGUUUCAGGACAGACAGUACCAGAUUGAUGCUGCUAUCGUCAGGACAAUGAAGAUGAGAAAGACUCUUGGCCAUAACCUUCUAGUUUCUGAAUUGUAUAAUCAGCUGAAAUUUCCAGUAAAGCCUGGAGAUUUGAAAAAGAGAAUUGAAUCUCUUAUAGACAGAGACUAUAUGGAGAGAGACAAAGACAAUCCGAAUCAGUAUCACUACGUGGCGUGACGUGUCCGCAGACUGUUCUCCUGGAGGGAGGCACUUCUGUGCGUUCCCAGGACGCUCUGUGGUGGAACCAGCUGUGGACACUUCUAAAUUAGAAGGAGAAGAGAUGACUCUUGGAUUAUCCUUCACAAGGCUCAAGGAUUUUCAAAUGGCAAAUCUAUCUUUUUUCCCCUCCAGUUCUUUCUCUAGUUCUUUUAGGCGUUUAAAUUGUCUCUAUUGCUCUGGGCAAAAUAACUUGAGAUUGGACAAGAAGAUAUUUGUUAAAGAAGUUUCUUUAUAAGGCCUUGUUCUUGUGGCAAAAAGCUGAAGGUUUGUUUUGUUUGCGUGUGUGUGAUCAUGAAUGCACAAUGAAAAGACCCUAAAUGCUGCAUUCUUUAGCUACAAGGAUUUCUUGGAGAUUCCUGAAGACAAGCUCUCUUAGUUGAUGAACAGUUAAACAAGAACCCUUAAUUGGUGAACAUUAGGAAGAAACAGUGUUCAAAACUGGCAAAUCAAUUAUGCAACCGAAACACUGGCAUCUGGGUGUCAUGUAUUUUCAAAAAGUUUUAAAUUUUUUGACUUGAUUUUCAAGUGAGAUCCCUCACGUGCCAAGAAGACCCUGUGUCUGGCGUGCUGGGUGAGGUGGCCCCUCAGCGCCUCUGCUUCAAUUCGGCCAAGUUACUUGUGAACGUUGUUGAAGGGCUUGGGGUGAGCGUGUUUGUUUCCACUCGGAGAUUGCGCCUAGCAGCCCCUCUUCUUUGCGUCGGGGUCACUGCCCUUUGGUUUUUCUAAAUUGUAGUAUUUGUAUGAUUGCUAUAAUAAAGUUUGGUUUGGUUUGGUUUUUACGGUCAUGCAUAGGGACAGUCCUUGUUCCCUACUGUGCUACUGUAAAAAGUUGCAUAGAAGACUGAACUUGAUAUUGUGAAGCAGAGGUUAUUUUGUGGAAAGAUUAAAAGGAUUUUGUUGGGACCUGG